CGCGCGCGCGCGGUGUUAUGCCGGACGGAAGGCAGGAGGCAGCGGCGGCUCUUUUUAUUGUCCCUCUCGCUGUGUGCGCCUGAGGAAGCCGAGGGUGCAGCGCGGCUGACCAAGGCCACCUUGGAGGCGGCGACCGGAGCAGCCGGCCUAAGCGGAGUGCCGGGAGGACGAGGCGCAGCCGCCGCAGCGUCCCCGCCACGUCCGGACGGCCCGCGCUCCUCAGGCGCCCUUGGGCAGCUCGCGCCCCGGGCCCCGGCCCUGCUAGCUGCGGCGCCCCGCAGACGACGGCGAGGAGGAGGCAGCAGCGCCGCCCGGCCGCCCGCCCGCCUGCUUCCCGCUUUCUUCUCUUCCUCAGCGGCCGCGCUAGGCCCGAGCGACGCGGCCACCGCGCCUCGAGUUUGACGGCGGCGGGCGGCGCGGCCUCCUCAGCGGCCUCGCUCGGACGUCCCCUCCGGGUCUCGGCGAUGGGGCGCUGGGGCCGGCGCGGCUAGGAGCCCGGCGAGCGCAGCCAGCAGCCGGCGGGGAGCAGCGCAGCUCGGCGGCCCGGAGGGAGGCAGGAAGCGGCGGCCGCGGCUCGGAGGGCCUUGUGAGCCGGAGGCACCCGCCAUGGCCAAGUCCGGCGGCGGCGCGGGAGCCGGAGCGGGCAACGGGGCGCUGACCUGGGUGACUCUUUUUGAUCAGAAUAAUGCUGCAAAAAAAGAAGAAUCAGAAACUGCAAACAAAAAUGAUACUUCCAAGAAGCUGUCUGUUGAAAGAAUUUAUCAGAAGAAGACACAGCUUGAACAUAUUCUCCUUCGUCCUGACACAUACAUCGGGUCAGUGGAGCCUUUGACACAGUUAAUGUGGGUGUAUGAUGAAGAUGUGGGCAUGAACUGCAGAGAGGUUACCUUUGUGCCAGGUUUAUACAAGAUCUUUGAUGAAAUUUUGGUUAAUGCGGCUGACAAUAAACAGAGGGAUAAGAAUAUGACCUGUAUUAAAGUUUCAAUUGACCCAGAAUCUAACAUUAUCAGCAUUUGGAAUAAUGGGAAAGGCAUUCCAGUAGUUGAACACAAAGUAGAGAAAAUGUAUGUUCCUGCUUUAAUUUUUGGACAUCUCUUAACAUCGAGUAACUAUGAUGAUGAUGAGAAAAAAGUUACAGGUGGUCGGAAUGGUUAUGGUGCAAAACUUUGUAAUAUUUUUAGUACAAAGUUCACAGUAGAAACAGCUUGCAAAGAAUAUAAACACAGUUUUAAGCAGACAUGGAUGAAUAAUAUGAUGAAGACUUCUGAAGCCAAAAUUAAACAUUUUGAUGGUGAAGAUUAUACAUGUGUAACAUUCCAACCAGAUCUAGCGAAAUUUAAGAUGGAAAAGCUUGACAAGGAUAUUGUGGCUCUCAUGACCAGAAGAGCGUAUGACUUGGCUGGUUCGUGUAAAGGGGUCAAGGUCAUGUUUAAUGGAAAGAAAUUACCAGUAAAUGGGUUUCGAAGUUAUGUAGAUCUUUAUGUGAAAGACAAAUUAGAUGAAACUGGAGUGGCCCUGAAAGUUAUCCAUGAGCUUGCAAAUGAAAGAUGGGAUGUUUGCCUCACACUGAGUGAAAAAGGAUUCCAGCAAAUCAGCUUUGUCAAUAGCAUUGCAACGACAAAAGGUGGACGGCACGUAGACUACGUGGUAGAUCAAGUUGUUGGCAAACUGAUUGAAGUGGUUAAGAAAAAGAACAAGGCUGGUGUAUCAGUGAAACCAUUCCAAGUUAAAAACCACAUCUGGGUUUUUGUAAAUUGCCUUAUCGAAAAUCCAACUUUUGAUUCUCAAACUAAGGAGAACAUGACUCUGCAACCCAAAAGUUUUGGCUCUAAAUGCCAACUGUCAGAAAAAUUUUUUAAAGCAGCCUCUAAUUGUGGCAUUGUAGAAAGUAUCCUGAACUGGGUGAAAUUUAAGGCUCAGACUCAGCUGAAUAAGAAGUGUUCAUCAGUAAAAUACAGUAAAAUCAAAGGAAUUCCCAAACUGGAUGACGCCAAUGAUGCCGGAGGGAAACAUUCUCUGGAAUGUACACUGAUAUUAACAGAAGGGGACUCUGCCAAAUCACUGGCCGUGUCUGGAUUAGGUGUGAUUGGGAGAGACAGAUACGGAGUUUUUCCACUCAGGGGUAAAAUUCUUAAUGUGCGGGAAGCUUCUCAUAAACAGAUCAUGGAAAAUGCAGAAAUAAACAAUAUCAUCAAAAUAGUUGGUUUGCAAUACAAAAAAAGUUAUGAUGAUGCAGAAUCCUUGAAGACAUUACGUUAUGGAAAGAUUAUGAUUAUGACUGAUCAGGAUCAAGAUGGUUCUCAUAUAAAAGGCCUGCUUAUUAAUUUUAUCCAUCACAAUUGGCCAUCGCUUUUGAAGCACGGUUUUCUUGAAGAAUUCAUUACUCCUAUUGUAAAGGCAAGCAAAAAUAAGCAGGAACUUUCCUUUUAUAGUAUUCCUGAAUUUGAUGAGUGGAAAAAACACAUAGAAAACCAAAAAGCCUGGAAAAUAAAAUACUACAAAGGUCUGGGCACCAGCACAGCUAAAGAAGCAAAGGAGUAUUUUGCAGAUAUGGAAAGGCAUCGCAUCUUGUUUCGAUAUGCCGGCCCUGAGGAUGACGCUGCCAUUACCUUGGCAUUCAGUAAGAAGAAAAUUGAUGACAGAAAAGAAUGGUUAACAAAUUUUAUGGAGGAUCGGCGGCAGCGUAGGUUACAUGGCUUACCAGAGCAAUUUUUAUAUGGUACAGCAACAAAACAUUUGACCUAUAAUGAUUUCAUCAACAAGGAAUUGAUUCUGUUCUCAAACUCAGACAAUGAAAGAUCUAUACCAUCGCUUGUUGAUGGCUUUAAACCCGGCCAACGGAAAGUGUUAUUUACCUGUUUCAAGAGGAAUGAUAAACGGGAAGUGAAGGUUGCCCAGUUGGCUGGAUCUGUCGCCGAGAUGUCUGCUUAUCAUCAUGGAGAACAAGCUUUGAUGAUGACUAUUGUGAAUUUGGCUCAGAACUUCGUGGGAAGCAACAACAUUAACUUGCUUCAGCCUAUUGGCCAGUUUGGGACUCGGCUUCAUGGUGGCAAAGAUGCUGCAAGCCCUCGUUACAUUUUCACAAUGCUAAGUUCAUUAGCAAGAUUACUUUUUCCGGCUGUGGAUGACAACCUGCUUAAGUUUCUUUAUGAUGAUAAUCAGCGUGUGGAACCGGAAUGGUAUAUUCCUAUAAUUCCCAUGGUUUUAAUCAACGGUGCUGAAGGCAUUGGUACUGGCUGGGCUUGUAAGUUGCCGAACUAUGACGCCAGGGAGAUUGUGAAUAACGUCAGGCGCAUGCUAGAUGGUCUGGAUCCUCAUCCGAUGCUUCCAAACUACAAGAACUUUAAAGGCACAAUCCAAGAACUUGGUCAAAACCAGUAUGCAGUCAGUGGUGAAAUAUUUGUGGUUGAUAGAAACACAGUAGAAAUUACAGAGCUUCCAGUUAGAACUUGGACACAGGUGUACAAAGAACAAGUUUUAGAACCUAUGCUGAAUGGAACCGACAAAACACCAGCAUUAAUUUCUGAUUACAAAGAAUAUCAUACUGAUACAACUGUGAAAUUUGUGGUGAAAAUGACAGAAGAGAAACUGGCGCAAGCAGAAGCUGCUGGAUUACAUAAAGUGUUUAAGCUUCAAACUACUCUUACUUGUAAUUCCAUGGUUCUCUUUGAUCAUAUGGGAUGUCUGAAGAAAUAUGAAACUGUGCAAGACAUUCUGAAAGAAUUCUUUGACUUAAGAUUAAGUUAUUAUGGUUUACGAAAGGAAUGGCUUGUAGGAAUGCUGGGAGCAGAAUCUACCAAGCUUAACAAUCAAGCCCGUUUCAUUUUAGAGAAGAUACAAGGGAAAAUUACUAUAGAGAAUAGGUCAAAGAAAGAUUUGAUUCAAAUGUUAGUCCAGAGAGGUUAUGAAUCUGACCCAGUGAAAGCCUGGAAAGAAGCACAAGAAAAGGCAGCAGAAGAGGAAGAAACACAAAACCAGCAUGAUGAUAGUUCCUCCGAUUCAGGAACUCCUUCAGGCCCCGAUUUUAAUUAUAUUUUAAAUAUGUCUCUGUGGUCUCUUACUAAAGAAAAAGUUGAAGAACUGAUUAAACAGAGAGAUGCAAAAGGACGCGAGGUCAGUGAUCUGAAAAGGAAAUCCCCUUCGGAUCUCUGGAAGGAAGAUUUAGCAGCAUUUGUCGAGGAACUGGAUAAAGUGGAAGCUCAAGAACGAGAGGACAUUCUGGCUGGGAUGUCUGGCAAAGCAAUCAAAGGGAAAGUUGGCAAACCUAAAGUGAAGAAGCUUCAGUUGGAAGAGACAAUGCCUUCACCUUAUGGGAGGAGAAUUGUUCCAGAAAUUACAGCCAUGAAGGCAGAUGCCAGCAAAAAGUUACUCAAGAAGAAGAAGGGAGAUCUUGAUACUACCGCAGUAAAAACAGAGUUUGAUGAAGAAUUCACUGGGACAACAAUGGAGGGUACCGGAGAAGACACAGUGACCCCAUUAGCACCUGUCAGCAAAGGUCCCAAGCCCAAAAGGGAGAAAAAGGAGCCAGGUGCCAGGGUGAGAAAGACACCCACAUCAUCUGGCAAGCCUGGUGCAAAGAAAGUGAAGAAACGGAAUCCUUGGUCAGAUGAUGAUUCCAAGUCGGAGAGCGACCUGGAGGAAACGGAGCCCGUGGUUAUCCCAAGGGACUCUCUGCUUAGGAGAGCAGCUGCUGAAAGACCUAAAUACACAUUUGAUUUCUCAGAAGAGGAGGAUGAUGAUGCUGAUGAUGAUGAUGAUGAGAAUAAUGACUUGGAAGAGUUGAAAGUAAAGGCAUCUCCCAUAAUCAAUGAUGGGGAAGAUGAAUUUGUUCCUUCAGAUGGCCUAGAUAAAGAUGAAUACACAUUUUCACCAGGCAAAUCAAAAGCUACACCAGAAAAAUCUUCACAUGACAAAAAAAGUCAGGAUUUUGGGAAUCUCUUCUCAUUUCCUUCAUACUCCCAAAAGUCAGAAGAUGAUUCAGCUAAAUUUGAAAGUAAUGAAGAAGAUUCUGCUUCUGUUUUUUCGCCAUCAUUUGGUCCGAAACAGACAGACAAGGUUCCUGGUAAAACAGCAGCUGCUAGAAAGGUAGGAAAACGAGCUGCAGACACAGCCCCUAAUCCUAAGAGAGCACCCAAACAGAGGAAGCUGGUAGAGACUGUAAACUCUGACUCAGAUUCAGAAUUUGGCAUUCCAAAGAAGCCGACAGCACCAAAAGGUAAAGGCCGAGGAGCAAGGAAAAGGAAAACUUCUGGCUCUGAAAAUGAAGGUGACUAUAACCCUGGCAGGAAGACCUCCAAGCCCCCCAGCAAGAAAGCGAAGAAAGCGUCUUUUGAUCAGGAUUCAGACGUGGACAUCUUCCCCGCUGACUUCACUUCCGAGCCGCCCUCUCUGCCACGAUCUGGCCGGGCAAGAAAAGAAGUAAAAUAUUUUGCAGAAUCUGACGAAGAAGAUGUUGAUUUUGCAAUGUUUAAUUAAGUGCCCAAAGAGCACAGAAACAUUUUAACAAAUACCUUGUGUUGUCCCUUUGUCUUUUUCUGUCUCAGACUUUUGUACAUCUGGCUUAUUUUAAUGUGAUGAUGUAAUUGAUGGUUUUUUAUUAUUGUGGUAGGCCUUUUAACAUUUUGUUCUUACACAUGCAGUUUUAUGCUUUUUUACUCAUUGAAGUGUCAUGUACUGUCUGAUUGGCUUGUAGAGUUGUAAUAGACUGCCGUGCGUUAGCACAGAUUUUAACUGUCAUGACCGCAGACGACAGACCUGCUUUUUGAAAUGAAAUUUAAACAUUAAAAAAUGGAACUGUA